CCUCCGGACACGAAGCAAAGUCGUGGUUCCAUUGUCGAGCCUAAUUUGUAAAAGUCGCGAGAGAGAGACCGUAGCCCGUACAUUGAGCCUAACUUUAUAAACCCCUCGAGAAACGGCGGAGAAAAAUCAAAACCCUUGGGUUGGAAAAACUCUCCUCUAGUUUCUGUGAUUUUUGUGUGAUUCUGUGUUCGAGAAGGUGGAAAGGGGAAAUGGCGGAGCAGUUGACGGAGGAGCAGAUCGCUGAGUUUAAGGAAGCUUUCAGCCUCUUCGACAAGGAUGGCGAUGGUUGCAUCACAACUAAGGAGCUGGGAACGGUGAUGAGGUCACUUGGACAGAAUCCUACUGAAGCUGAACUUCAAGAUAUGAUCAAUGAAGUUGACGCCGAUCAAAAUGGUACCAUUGACUUUCCUGAAUUCUUGAAUUUGAUGGCUCGGAAAAUGAAGGAUGCCGACUCAGAGGAGGAACUUAAGGAAGCUUUCAAGGUCUUCGACAAAGAUCAAAAUGGCUUCAUUUCUGCUGCAGAGCUCCGCCAUGUGAUGACAAACCUUGGGGAGAAGCUGACAGACGAGGAGGUUGAUGAGAUGAUACGUGAAGCCGAUGUGGAUGGUGAUGGGCAAGUGAAUUACGAGGAAUUUGUGAGAAUGAUGCUUGCUAAGUGAUUGUGUGAGAGCUUAUUCUGAAUAUGAAGUUAAUGUAGGUUGAUAGGGGUAAUAGUAUCCUGUCUACAUAGUUACGCGUCUCUGGACUGCCAUUUGGUACUCCGAAGUGUUAUGGAUCUCUAUGAGCUUAGUAUUCGCAAAGUUUGAAAUCAUAAUUCUCUCUCUAUUAUAGCUGCUUGAAGUUGA